AUGCAGCUGCUUCUCCAGGGCCGACAUGACAGCCGGGGACGUGCCGGGAACACCGGGAACACCGGGACCCCCGACAGCGCCGCCCCCACCGCCCCGCCCCGCCGCGCCGGAAGCGGCUCCCCCAACAGCGCCGCCGCGCGGCACCGAGUGCGCCCGCAAGGUACCAAGGGAAACGUAGUCCGCGCCCCCACCGCCGUGCCCGGCGGGACGCGGGGCAGCACGGGAGCUGUAGUCCCCCGCCGGCGCGGCCGUUGCCGGGCGGGAGGCGCGGGCGGGAUGCGGCGGAGGGGAGGUCCCGGCGAGCCCGCCGGCAGCCUGCCGCCGCUGGUGCGGGGCCCGGCGCGGUGCUGGCUGCGCUGCUCCGUGCCCCGCGUGCUGUGGGCCGGGCCGCAGCCGGCCGCCGUGGUGCGGCUGCGGUGGUGGGGCGAGAGCUCCGGCGGCACGGUGCUGCAGCCCGCCGGGCGGGCCGGGCAGCCCGCGGGCCGCACCUGCGCCCGCUUCGCCGUGCGCUGCGGGCCGCGGCAGCUCGCCGCUUACCUGGCAGAUAUGGGUGUUCUUGUCCUGGAGGUUCUGACCAAGCGUGACCAGCUGCCCCUUGGCCGAGCACAGAUCACCAAGCUGUCCCAGCUGUCUCCCAGCCAUCCCAUCAAAGGCUCUUUUGCUGUGCUGUCACCAACAUCGGAUAAACUCGGAGAGCUGCAGGUGUCACUGGUUCUAGAGCCUCUGCCAGAGCUGUAUGACACCAGCAGCUGUGUGCCAGCCACACAAGGAGGUUCAGAUGCUGCUGCCCAGGGAAGCAGCAAGUGCCAGCUCCCUGCUCCAUCCCAGCAGCCCAGGCACAGCCAGGUGACUGUUGAACAGGAGUCUGUUGACAACAGCAAAGUCACAUCUCCUAGAGGAAAGGACCCUUUGCUGUACCACGAGAGCUCUGAGAACAGGAAGGACACCUUGGACACCUUUCCUGCUCCUCACCCCUGUGGGAUUUUGCAAGAUGAACAUGUGAAAAUGAGCCCUGAGAGUCAGCCCCAGUUGUUCCCCCCCGGCAACGAUCCCGAAGCGCUUCCCAGAAGGAGCACACGGGUGCUCUCCAUGCACAGCCCAGCCACCAAAGACCUGCUCUCAGCUCUCUUGGAUCAAGGCAGUAAACUCCGUGAUGCCAUGCUUGUUUCUGCAAUGAAGUCCAGCCCAGACAUGGAGAUUGAGCUGAAUAAAAUGUCUCAUUUUACAGAGAGAGGCGAUUUUCAAGCACCAACAAAGAGCCCAAAAGGCUGGAAGUCCAGUUUUGUGCCCACUCCUGAAGAUCCCCAUCACCUUGGAUCUGAAGGUUCAGGUCAGCAGUUUGACCUAAACUCUGAAGAAAGAGCAAUCCAGUUACUGUUGGGCAGCCACAGCGCCGACUUCUCCCCGGGGCAGCUCUGGGAUCGCACGGGCUCCCUGUGGGACUCCCUCUCCCUGGGCAGCGAGGUGCACGACAGUGAGCUGGGGGAUCCCCACUACGACCACAGCCUGCUGGAGAAGCUCUUCUACACUGCUCCUAAUUCUGAUUCCAGUUUGAGCGACUUCCUCAGUGAUGAUGAUGUUAAAGCCUCAAAAAAAGCAUCCAAGACAGAAACUCUCAAAACAGCGGGUCCAGUGAAUGCACAGAAGGAUUUUCAUGCCUUUGAUCAGAAUGUGACAGAAACUAAACCCAGCUGCUCUCCCACUGCUCCUCCAGAAGACCACAGAGGAAUGUCUCUCCUCACAUCCUUGGGUGCAGACAGGUUGGCACUGCUGCAGCAAAUACACCAGGCCAGAGUCACCAUAGAGAGCCUGAAAAUCCCUCCUGAGAGCAUCCAGAUCUCCCCCAGGAGGAGAGGUUUGCUGGGGAAGCCUCCCCGGCCCAUGUCUGUCCAUAAGUGCACUUUCUUUGUGGAGUACCACUUUCCUGUGAGAGUCUCCAAGGAUGAAAGGGGACAGGUCUCCAUAGCAACAGAAGCAAUUCGAGUAGCCUCAAGUAAAAUCACAGAUGGUGUGGUGAAGUUCCAGCAGCAGUCUGUGUUCCCUGUGUGGCUGGGGGGAAGGAUGAUGGAGCACUGGUGGGGCUCUGACCUGGCUUUUAAGAUCUACAUGAGGAAAAGCACGCAGAAAAAGCCCGUGGCCAUUGGCUCAGCAGCACUUGAGCUCCGCAGGGUGAUUGAGGCUGAGCUGCUCAGUGUCAGCUGGGACAUACCUGUGGAAAAAGAGGGAGAUCACACACAAGUGGGGCCACUAAAGGUGUCCCUGCAGCUCGUGGCCAGCGCCACUGCCAGGACAGCUACAGCCCCAGCUCAGGGCAUGGCAGGGGCCCAGCUGGGCCUGCAGGAGCCCAGCAGGAGGAGUGGAAGUGCAGGAAGCCCUCUCUGCUCCACAAGGAGCCCCGAGGAGUGCCAGGGGCCAGGAGCGGGCAGGGAGGUGGCGCAGCCGCUGCGCCCCGCGCCAGCCCGGGACAGGGUGGCACACAUCCCCCCAGCUGAGGAGGAGGGCUUGCUGCUGCACGUGCUCCUGAUGGUGCCUGAUGGAAAGGACUUCACUGCUGAAGGCUCUGGGCUCCCCAGCUCCUGCAACGUGUACUUAAACUGCAAACUGCUCAGCACUGAGGAGGCAACGAGAUCCGCUGUCGUCUGGGGCACGAAACAGCCUGCCUUUAAUUUUUCUCAGGUGAUGCCUUUUUCACUGACCUCCAAACACUUGGAGCGGCUGAAGAACAACGUCAUGAUUAUUGAAGCAUGGAACAAGCUGGGAAGCCCUGGCUCUGACAAAUUGCUGGGAUUAGUGAAACUCCCUCUGCAUCAGUUUUACAUCUCGUUCAAGGAUGCCAGGGUGUCCCAGCUGCUGCUGCAGGCUCAGUACCCGGUGGUGGCCGUGGAUGGCCUGGUGCCCGUGGUGGACGUGUUCUCGGGCAGCACUCGCGGCAGCCUCAGGGUCACCCUGGCCAUGGGAUCGGCUGACCAGGUCGUGGCCCUGCAGAGGCUCAAGGCUGAGCAGGGAGCGGUGCCUCCCGUCACACUGCGGCCUCCCCACGCCCUGGACCACCCCGCUGCACAGCCCACUCUGCAGUUGGACCCAGGAGGGGAAGAGCUGAUGGAGCACGUGUUUGAGAUCCACGUGGAGAGCGUGAAGGGACUCACUCCCCUGCAGUCCACGGUUUGGGGAGAGGCUGACUGCUACAUCCAGUACUAUUUCCCAGUUCAGGAGCCUGGCUGUGGUGCCCUGCAAGGACCUGGAUUGCAUGAGGAUGGCAUCACAUUAAAGCCAUUUAGAACAGCUACCACUCUGUGUGUCCCUGAUCCCAUCUUUAAUGAUGAACAUCACCAUUCCCUCUUGAUUCCUGCUGAUGUCCCAGUCCAGAGGCUCCUGGUCAGUGCAUUUAUGGCACCAGGAGCAGCAGGAGGAGGAAUCCAGUUUGAAGUCUGGUGCAGGUAUUAUUACCCAAAUGUCAGAGACCAGCUGGUUGCCAAAGGGGCCUUGCCUUUGUCACGGCUCUGUGCCAUGGUGACUCUGCAGCAUCGCGAAGAAAUAGGGAUUCAAACUUUUAACCUUCCCUUGGUCCCCCGCAGUGAUUCCUCUGAGGAAUUUCAUCUGCGGUCUUCAGGUUUGCUCGAUGUGAGUGUGAGGUACCAGCGAUCCCUGAAAACAGGAGCUGGAAUAACUGCUCAGGCCGUUUGUCUUUCUGUGCAAAUACACAAGGCAGCUGGUUUGCAGGCAGCAGCCAGGGCUGUGGCCCAGAAGAACCCCUCUGUGCAGUCCCCUGCAGGGGUGGGGGUGAACACCUACGUGUGCGUGCUGCCGUCCUUCCUGCCGCCGGCGCAGGCGCGCCGCACGCGGGCCGUGCCCUGCUCCUUCUGCCCACACUUUGGGCAUCACCUGCAGUUCCUCUGUCACCUCAUCAUGCAGAAGAGCACUGGAGAAGCCUCUUCUCUGGGGGAGCUCCUGCAUUCUGGCAGUAUUUUUUUCUCCAUCUACCACCAGAGCACCAAGUCAGCCCCUGACCAAUUGGCUGACAGAACAUCCAGAGAUUAUCUUCUUGGGACAGUCACGAUCCCAACCAGAGACCUGCUGACAAGAAGAUCAGGUAUUUCAGGCUGGUUCCCAGUGACCCUCUCCGAGGAGCCGCUGCCCCCAGCCUGCACCAACUCCCUGCAGGCCGUUGUGGGAGGGCUGGAGCUCUCUGUUGCCUUUGCCCAUCAGGGUGACAGGGAGCGUGUUCUGGAGGCUGCCAGGCUCCUGGGGUGGGGCAGCGAGGAGCUCCAGGAGGACAGCCAGGACUGGGAGCAGAGUGCCAGCCCGGUGGCUGUGACCAUCUCCACGCCACGGGUGUGGCUGCCACUCCACUGCGUGCUGCUGUCAGGCCAGACACACCUGCACAGGAGCACUCACUGCUACCUCAGGUACAAACUGUACAACCAGGAGCCCACCUGGACGUGGCUGAGGCGGCCAGAACUGAGCGAUGACACGGAGAGCGUCACGGUGAGCUUCAGGAAACCCAGCAAGGUGACUCUCAGAAGGAGCCAGGGGCUGCUGUGGUUCUUCAGGGAGGAGAAGUUAGAAAUCCAGGUGUGGUGGGCGUAUGGCAAGGAAAACGAGGUGCAAAGACCCCUUGACACAGAUCGUCUCAUUGGAUCGGCCUACGUCGACCUGGCAGCGUUGGCAGAGAGAUCCAGGAGAACGCUGAGCGUUAGUGGCGUGUAUCCCUUGUUCAGGUGCAACGCUGCAGACCUGGCGGGAGCGGCCGUGCGCGUCCACGUCAGCCUGGCCCCCGCUGCCCCUGCCCUGCCCAGGGCUCCCUGUGCCGAGGAGGGCAGCAGCAGCAGCAGCAGCGAGGGUGGAGGCACGGGGGAAAGCCCUGCUCUGGGCCUGCAGGUCUCUGACAAACAGCAGGUGGAUGCUGAGAGUUCAGGGAUCACCCCUGGCCAGCCGCAGGAAGAAGAUGUGUUGUUCCUGGAAAACACAGUCGCUGUCAACAUCCUUGUGGAGAGAGCAAUGCAUCUGAGUUUAAAAGGAAGUCCCUUGACAGAGCGUGAAGUGGCAGCCCCCAGCAGCUGUGUGUCGUUUGCUGUUGCUGGAGCAGAUGCUCCAGUCACCACCCCAGUGAUAGGAAAUACAGACUCACCAGUCUGGGACUUCCAGCAGCAAGCAAGAUUAUCCAAAGAGCUUCUCCUGGAUCCACAGCAAACCUUGGUCUUCAAGGUGUGGCAUAAAGCAGAGUCGGAGCGGGUGAUAGGAUUUGCAUCCGUGGACCUCUCUCCUCUGCUCUCUGGCUUCCAGCUGGUGUGUGGCUGGUACAACAUCACCGACUUCAGCGGGCAGUGCCGAGGGCAGAUCAAGGUGGCCGUGUCCCCUCUGCAGAACUUAAACACUCUCCGGGAGGAAAGGCAGGCCAGGGCGCGCGCCGCGCCGGAGAGCUCCGUGAAGGUCAGCUUUCCAGCAUGUCCUAGUAAUUCUGCAAACUUGUCCAAGCAGAUGUUGAGCUCCUUGUCAAAGGAAGUCAGCGUUCCUGCUCGAGAGCACAGGAUGGGCCCCGCUGGCACACAGCCCCCCCGGCACGAGGAGCACAUGCGGAACGUGCGCCGCUUCCACGAGUCCCUGCAGCGGGCGGAGGGCAGCAGGAGCACACGGCGCUUCCAGGGAUCCCUGCAGUGGGAGGACAGGAAUGGGAACACCUGCCCUGCCAGCCGGGGGGACACGGCACUGCCGGCCUCGCGUGCAGCGCUGCUCACUGCGCUCAGAAAGAACUUGAGCGAGCUGGACGAGGUUCAAAGAUACUUCAGUGAGAAGCUGACCAGGUCUUUUCCUGACUUCAGCACGUCCAGACCAGGCCAUGAGGAGUGGGAGAGUGACCAUCAGGGCUCCAUGGGCAGGGAAGUGGAUCCCAAAGGCUGCCAUCUCCUGGAAAAAUCCAGUCAGUUGGUGUCUCAGACUUGCAGACUGUAACUCAAAACAGCAAGGCAGCUUCUGAGGUGCACCAGGAGGGCAGCAGGAAGCUGGGUGCCCUGGAUGUGCCCAGCUGGAAGGAGGGAGGAGGCAGCCCUGCAGCUCCUGAGGGCCAGCUGGAGAUGCCAGGUGUG